AUGGAUAGCUACUCUGUCCUCUACAGUUCUUCCCACAGAACCGGACUUCUCUCUGGCUUCCAGCGCCUUCGCUCACAGAGGAAGAUGUGUGAUGUUGUCUUGGAGGCUGGCGGGAUAUCUUUUCCCUGUCAUCGCGCCCUUCUAGCCAGCUCCAGUGACUAUUUUUGGGCCCUUUUUGGAGAGACUACUGCAGAGAGAUUAGCAGGCUCCAUUAGCCUCCCAGCACUAACACCAGAGGGCUUAGAUGCCAUUCUGGACUUCCUGUAUUCAGGUUGGCUCAGCAUCUCACCCUCAACACUUCCUGUUGUCCUGGAAACAGGCAGGUACUUGCAGGUGGAAACAGCUGUGGCGAUAUGCGAGCGUUACAUGAUUGAUGGUUUAAAUACCAAGAACUGCUGUGACUAUGCUAACCUGGCUGAGCGCCACGCCCUCUCAAAUGCACUUGAGGCUGCCAAUCAAACCAUUGCCAUGGAGAUGGGCAGCUUGAUACAAGAAAGCAGGGACGAUCUCCUGACGUUGAAUAUCGAAUCACUAUUGGCAGUUCUGGAUGCUGAUGAGAUACCUGGUGUUAAGGAGGUGGAGCUCAUAAAGCUGGUUCUGGAUUGGCUGGAUGAUAAUGGGCCCCUCACACUCCUGAAAUCAAAUCUUUUGUUGAGUCGCCUGCGCUUUGGAUUGGUCCCCCCGUCUGACCUCACAAAUAUCAGCCAUGCCCACAGAGCCAUGGCCACACCUUUAAUAAGGAGUCAGCUGACACGAGCAUUUGAGUACCACAGGCUCAGUUCAACUCAGCCCAUCAGGCAGAGCCGGCAGACGACACUUAGAGCAUCACCCAAUUGUGUGCUUCUUGUGGGUGGCGGGUCCAGCACUGAUUGGCCAGAAAAGCAGGUGUUGGCGUUCGAUCCAAGAAGGAGGAGGUUUUCAUCUUUGACUUGUGUUCUCCCGCUGAGACUAAGAAAUCCCUGCGUGUGCUCAGUGGGAGGUUUCCUCUUUGUGAUCGGGGGAGAUGAAGUGAAAGAGGGAGAUGAAGAUGAGAAAAGGUCUGUUACUGUAGCAACAUCCAAUCAGGUGUGGCGGUACGAUCCUCGUUUUAGUUGCUGGGAGCAGGUGGAGUCCAUGCUGGACAGGAGGGCACAGUUCACCUGCUGCGUGGUGGAGGAUGUUAUUUAUGCUUUGGGUGGACGACACACAAGACCAGACACCAACACACAUGCCUCUGUAGCUUCUGUGGAAUUUUAUGACAUGGCCACAGGAGCAUGGAGGAAAGGGCCACCAAUGCCUCAGACACUUUACGGCCACGCCUCUACCGUGCUUGACAACAGCAUCUAUGUGUCAGGUGGUGUUCCGGGUAACUAUAGUUACACUCAAGAUGAAAGCAGGGAGAGCAGCAGAGAGGUCUUUUUCUGGGAUCCUAAAGGCAGAGUCUGGGAAAAGAGGGCAUCCAUGUCCAUUGCCAGGUUCAGUCAUCGCUUGGCAACUGCUCAUGGCUACAUCUAUGCACUGCUGGGGAUGUACGAACCCUUCUGUGAUAUCGAACGAUACCAUCCGCGGUCAGAUCACUGGAUGCGACUCAAGCCGCUUCUCACUGGCUCCUUCAACUACAGCAUGGUAUCCAUGUCUGGGAAUCUGCUGGUUUUCGGAGGGAGAAGGUGGAGUAAUGGGCAGGAGGUGGUUGUGAAGAGUGUGCUGGAGUAUGAUACAAAGAAAGAUUGCUGGAGAGAGAUCUGCCAGCUUCCCAGACCUCUCACUGGGACUGAGUGUACGCUGCUGCCUCUGCCAGACUAA